AAAUUCCUACGUUUCACAAAUUCAACAAUCGCGGUCGCGAGAUUAAGAUUUUUUUUUUAUUUUUUAUUUUAAAGAACAUUUAAAAUUACAGUACGAUUCCAGCAGAAACCUUUGUAGUCUUGUACUGCUGUAGAGAGAGAGAGAGGAAUUUAAGUUACUGAACUCAAAAGAAGAGAAAAAAAAUACUUCCUUUACAUUCUCUUCCAAAUCUUGAUCCCACAAAAACCCAAACACCUUCGUCCAAUUCUCGCUGAUCCCACCAAAACCCAUAAUUCUUUAACGCGAUUUCUUCAACCAAUUUCUCUUACAAAAUCCACUCAUUCGUAAAAAUCGAUUCUUGAGAAAAACCGUGUCAAUGCCGCCGAAAUUCUUCCCGCUGAGAUGGGAGAGCACCGGCGAUCAAUGGUGGUUCGCCUCCCCCAUCGACUGCGCCGCCGCAAGCGGCCACUACGAUUUAGUCCGCGAGCUCCUCCACAUCGACGCCAAUCUCCUCAUCAAGCUCACCUCCCUCCCUCGAAUCCGCCGCCUCGAAACCGUCUGGAACGACGACGACGACCACUCAAACGACGUCGCCAAAUGCAGGUCCAGUGUCGCCCGGAGACUCCUCCACGAAUGCGAAAACGGGCCCCACAAUUCCCUCAUCAGAGCCGGCUACGGCGGCUGGCUCCUCUACACCGCCGCCGCCGCGGGGGAUCUGGCUUUCGUGAGGGAGCUGCUGGAGAGGGAUAGCCUCUUGGUCUUCGGAGAGGGGGAGUACGGGAUCACCGAUAUCUUCUACGCCGCCGCGCGCGGCGGCUGCCGCCAGGUUUUCCGGCUGCUGUUCGAUGAAGCCGCGGCGCUGAAGGGGGCGGCCUCGCCGGUUUUCCGGUGGGAGAUUAAGAACCGGGCCGUCCAUGCGGCGGCGAGGGGCGGCGCCGCCGAGGUGCUGGCGGAGCUCUUGGGGGACGGCGGAGAUGUCUUGGGGUUUAGGGAUGCGCAGGGCUCCACCGUGCUGCACGCCGCCGCCGGCCGCGGCCGGGUUCAGAUAGUCAAGAACUUGAUAUUCUCCUACGACAUCAUCGACUCCGUGGACGAUCGAGGCAACACGGCGUUGAACGUGGCGGCCUACCGCGGCCAUCUAGCCGUGAUGAAGGUGCUCGUCUCCGCCUCGCCUUCGUCUGCGCUGCAGGCGAACAACAACGGUGACACGUUCCUUCAUAUGGCGGUUGCCGGCUUCCACACGCCGAGUUUCCGGCGUGUGGACCGGCAGUUGGAGCUGAUGAGAGAGAUAGUUGGUGGAAACCUAGUACAGAUUGAAGAGAUCAUCAAUGUCCCAAACAGUGAUGGAAGAACUGCUCUGCACAUGGCUGUAGUUGAGAACAUUCAAUCCGAUGUUGUUGAGCUGUUACUGUCGGUUAGGUGCAUAGAUUUGAAUCUCCGUGAUGGUGAAGGGAAUACACCUCUUGAUCUCCUCAAGCUGCGGCCGCGCUCGGCCUCGUCGGAGAUCUUGAUCCGGCGGCUGGCCUCGGCCGGAGGGCUGUGCGGUCGUGAGGAUCGGACGUCGAGGGGCGCUCACCUGAGGAUGCGCGGGAUCGGAGGGAGUCCGGGGACUUCCUUCCGGAUCCCGGAUGCGGAGAUGGUGUUGUACACCGGGCUCGAGCACGGAGCGUGCUCGAGCUCCGAGGUCGUGAGCCUCGAAUGUGGUUACUCGGGCGAGAUCGGGUCGUCCACGCCUCGAUCCAGCUCGUCCGAGCUCAAGAGAUCGAGUUCUAUGACUAGUGCCGCGAGCCGUCUUAAGAUCAUGCUCCGAUGGCCUCGGAGGCGAGGCGCCUCGUCUCCGAGCAUCAACGGCAGUUGCUCGGCCGAGUCUUGUGAAAUACGGCCGAGGUCGAAAAAUGGCCCGAUUUCGCUCAGGGAGCAGUUUGCGAGACCGAGUAACAAGAGGAUUAUGUGCGUGCAGGGCAGUGUUCUCGGUUCUCACUCGAAGAGGAAAUUCGGGGUAGGUUUGACGCACAAUGCUCGGCAGGCGCUGCCGAAGUCGAACCUCGGCUCGCCUUGCAGCGCCCUGUCCGAGUCGUCGUGGUCGUCCCCGGUCGUGAGCGUUAGCGCGGGAGCCUCGAGCUCGAACCAAUCGCCCUGCAUCGAGGAGACGGUCAAGAUGAAGCAUAAGCAUGGGUCGUUCAACUUGGCUUUGAUGAACAAUUACUUUUGCUUCGGCGGUCAAGGCCUUGCCAUCGAGAACUCGAUUCGUGCGCAAGGACGAAGAAUCGAGAAACAACGUAGUUUAGUCGAUGUCGUGUAGCCGAAACUCAGGGUCGGGACGGGGUCGGACUCGAGGAUCGUUUCAAUCACGAGGUCGUCCACCCCACCCCGACCCACAAACUAGGCCGGUAAUUAAGGGAUCGUAUGUAUGUUUGUUUUCGGAUAUUCAUAUUAUCAUAUGUAUAUGUGUUACUAAUUUAAUAAAUGUAUGAUAAAUUGAUAGUCAA